AUGGCCGCCGUCCGUGUUGCUGCUUCCCGCCUGGCUUCGUCCAUGGCCACCAAGGCUGCCCGCCCUGCCAUGCGCGUCCAGGCCACCGCUGCCGCCAAGCGCAGCAUCACCAGCAACGCUUUCCAGACCGUCAAGCGCCAGCAGGCUUCCCAGAUCGUCAACGCCACCACCCGCCAGGCUUUCCAGAAGCGUGCCUACUCCUCUGAGAUCGCUCAGGCUAUGGUCGAGGUCUCCAAGAACUUGGGUAUGGGUUCCGCCGCCAUCGGUCUGACUGGUGCCGGUAUCGGUAUCGGUCUCGUCUUCUCUGCCCUCCUGACCAGUGUUGCCCGCAACCCUGCUCUCCGUGGCCAGCUGUUCUCCUACGCCAUUCUGGGUUUCGCUUUCGUCGAGGCCAUUGGUCUUUUCGACCUCAUGGUUGCCCUCAUGGCCAAGUUCACCUAA